GAGUUUUUAUAAAGAAAUUAUUGAAUACAAAAAUGGAAAAAAAAAUUGUAAAAGAUAUUGGGAAGAGGAAGUUUCUUAGAUCAAGCAAAAACAAACUUUUUAUCAUAAAUGAGGCUAAACCAGCUAUUACAUGUCUUCAACUCCCUACUGGAAUGGAUGUUCUUCAACACAUUGUCUACAGAAGAUCACUACUUCCUCAUAAUGUUAAGAAGUCAGCAAUUUUAUCAUGCACUCCUUACAAGAUUCAGGGUUACAAGAGAUGUGAAGUAGAUGAUUGUGAAUGCAUUUUAGGCUUAAUUAAAAGACCAUGGCUUAAAGCGGGAUUUCAAGUAAUGUCAGAUAAAAGUAUUAUCAAGAACCUUAUGAAGAUGGACAAGAAGUAUUCAGAUUUGAGUAGAAAUAAAUGCAGAGGAACAGCUAGAGACAAGGUUAAUCAAGGGGAGUUUAUUUCAUUUUUGAAAAAGCUGUUUUGGAUUGGUUCUACAGAUUUAAAGAACCAAAUUAGGAAGGAUAAAAAACGCUCAGAUAAUGAUAAGCACGAUGAUUUUUUUGGAUGA